AGAGGGCUCCCGGUGGCCAAUCAGCGCCGGGCGGCGCUGGGGUUUCCGCCGCGCGCCGGUUUUCCCGCGAAAAAGUUAGUGACGGCUUCCCGCGGGCAGCGAGCGGAGCAGCAGUCGCCAUGUCCGGCUUUGAUGACCCUGGCAUUUACUACAGUGACAGUUUCGGGGGUGAUGCAUCAGUGGACGAGGGGCAAGUUCGGAAGUCACAGCUGCAGAAGCGGUUCAAAGAGUUUCUGCGGCAGUACCGGGUGGGCACGGACCGCACAGGCUUCACCUUCAAAUACAGGGAUGAGCUUAAACGACAUUAUAACCUGAGUCAGUAUUGGGUAGAGGUGGAGAUGGAAGACCUGGCCAGCUUUGAUGAAGAUCUUGCUGACUAUCUGUACAAGCAGCCAGCAGAGCACCUGCAGCUGUUGGAAGAAGCAGCAAAAGAAGUCGCAGAUGAGGUCACCCGUCCUCGUCCUUCAGGAGAGGAGACUCUGCAAGACAUCCAGGUCAUGUUGAGAUCAGAUGCCAACGCAGCAAAUAUCCGCAGCCUGAAGUCUGAUCAGAUGUCCCACCUUGUGAAAAUCCCUGGGAUUGUAAUCGCAGCAACCCCUGUGAGGGCCAAAGCCACCAGAAUAGCCAUCCAGUGCCGCAGCUGCCGCAACACCAUCAGCAACAUUGCGGUGCGCCCAGGCCUAGAGGGUUACGCUCUGCCCAGGAAAUGCAACACAGAACAAGCUGGACGCCCAAAGUGCCCACUGGACCCGUAUUUCAUCAUGCCAGAUAAGUGCAAGUGUGUGGACUUCCAGGUCCUGAAGCUGCAGGAGUCCCCAGAUGCUGUGCCUCAUGGGGAGAUGCCCCGGCACUUGCAGCUGUACUGCGACAGGUACCUGUGUGACAAAGUUGUCCCAGGGAACAGAGUCACUAUCAUGGGCAUCUACUCCAUCAAGAAGUCUGCCCAGAGCAAGAACAAAAGCCGUGACAAUGUGGGUGUGGGCAUCCGGAGUGCUUACAUCCGUGUGGUGGGCAUCCAGGUGGAUGUGGAAGGCUCAGGACAUAGCUUUGCUGGCUUAGUGACCCCUCAAGAAGAGGAGGAACUUCGUCGCCUUGCUGCCAUGCCUAACAUCUAUGAGACCAUUGCCAAGAGCAUUGCACCCUCCAUCUAUGGCAGCACUGACAUCAAGAAGGCCAUUGCCUGCCUCUUAUUCGGAGGUUCUCGCAAGAGGCUCCCAGAUGGGCUGACCCGCAGAGGAGACAUCAACUUACUGAUGCUGGGUGACCCUGGCACAGCCAAAUCCCAGCUGCUGAAGUUCGUUGAGAAGUGUUCACCCAUUGGGGUGUACACCUCAGGGAAAGGCAGCAGCGCUGCUGGCUUGACAGCCUCGGUCAUCCGCGACCCUUCCUCCAGGAGUUUCUUCAUGGAGGGAGGAGCCAUGGUGCUGGCAGAUGGGGGAGUGGUGUGCAUCGAUGAAUUUGACAAGAUGCGGGAGGAUGACCGUGUGGCCAUCCAUGAAGCCAUGGAGCAGCAGACCAUCUCCAUUGCUAAGGCAGGAAUCACAACCACACUCAACUCCCGAUGCUCAGUGCUGGCAGCUGCCAAUUCUGUUUUUGGGCGCUGGGAUGAGACCAAAGGCGAGGAGAACAUUGAUUUUAUGCCAACCAUCCUGUCCCGUUUUGACAUGAUCUUUAUCGUCAAAGAUGAGCACAACGAGGAGCGAGACAUGACGCUGGCCAAGCACGUGAUGUCCUUACAUGUGAGCGCCUUGACACAGACCCAGGCUGUGGAGGGCGAGAUCGAGCUGAACAAGCUGAAGAAGCUCAUCUCCUUUUGUCGGACGAGGUGUGGCCCUCGACUGUCUGCAGCAGCAGCAGAGAAGUUGAAGAACCGCUACGUCCUGAUGCGGAGCGGCACUCGCCAGCAUGAGCAGGAGAGCGACCGGCGCUCCAGCAUCCCCAUCACUGUCCGGCAACUAGAAGCCAUAGUGCGUAUUGCCGAGUCCCUGGCGAAGAUGAAGCUUCAACCCUUUUCCACUGAGGUGGAUGUUGAGGAGGCCUUGCGGCUCUUCCAGGUGUCCACACUUGAUGCAGCCAUGUCAGGCAGCCUGUCAGGGGCAGAAGGCUUCACGACACAGGAGGACCAAGAGAUGCUGUCCCGCAUUGAGAAACAGCUUAAACGCCGCUUCGCCAUUGGCUCUCAGGUGUCAGAGCACAGCAUUGUCCAGGACUUCAUGCGGCAGAAAUACCCAGAACAUGCCAUCUACAAAGUGCUGCAGCUGAUGAUGCGUCGGGGGGAGAUCCAGCACCGCAUGCAACGCAAAGUCCUCUACCGCAUCAAGUGACCUAUUGGUCCCAUGCAUGGAGAAGGAACUGCUGCUGUGUACUGCCUGCCCACAUGUGGACAGAGAGCCCUGUGGGGCUGGCACCUGCCCUUGAAAGAACCUUUUCCUUGGGGACAUAAACAGCCUGGAGUCUCCCUUUUAAACCAGGGUUCAGAGUGGUCAGGUUUUCACUCGGGUGCUCUGACCCUGUGUCACGUCAGUGUUUCUUUGAACUCCAGAAGCUUUUAGUUUGUAUUAAAAUAAAAACUGAUAUUGAUAUCCCAAUGUCUUUGGCUGCCUGGAGGGACAGAGAUCUAUGCCUUUCCCCCACUGGAGGCAGUGCAGGAUUUUGGGUGGAAAGGCAUCCCUCCUGCUUGUCCUGUGUUACCACUGCCCAGCAGCCACCCUGGGGCCUCACCUUGAAGCAGCACACAACCCCGUGGGCACUACCAGCAGCCCUGAAGGCAGAAACUCAUUUCUUGCUCAGGGUUUGAUCUGUCUAAUAAGGCAUAAAUUCUGUUGGUGUAGGCUGCCCUGUCAGACUCAGCCAUGCAGGAGGCACCUUACUCAGUCACUGCGUGCAGGCUGUUGCUGCAAUCUUCCCCCUCUGGCAGCAUUAUCAAAGGAGACAAGCUGCUCUUUGCUUAUCCCUUCCCCUCUCCAAGGGCUGCAGCAGGCAAACUCUUUACCCUGCAGUGUAAAGAGCUGUACGGAAGCCUGGCCUGGCUUGUCUCAGUGAGGAUGGCAAUGCAGGCUGAUGUUCAAGAGCUCUAUGCCCUCCUACAAGUAGCUUCUGCCACCUCUUUGCGGACAGCCGUGGGCAGGGUUGUCUCACUUGCCAAGAGCCUCUUCUGAGCUCUGCCCCGAGGUGCAUUUGUGGAACUGCUUGCUCUUCUGUGUUCACCGCAUGACCUUGCACUUGUCAAACUCUGCAGGUUUUUGUAAUUUGUAAUGAAUAUUAAAUCUUUUUGGUAUCCUCCCAAAGAUGUGAAGUGCAUGUAGGUCCCUGUCCUUGGCAGCUCGGGGCCAGCCCGGAUGUGGAGGAGUGCUGGUGGGAGACCUUGUGCCAUCUGAAGAUGGUGCAGGGUUGGGAGUUGAUGCUGGAGAGGCUGUUGGCAUGUCUGUGGGUGAUCUUCAGGCUGAAAAACGCCCCAGGAGUGGCUUGAUUAGCAAAGAAACAUUCGGGACCAGCAGAGGGUACCAGAGUCUCGAGGAUGCUGGGCUGCAGCCUCAGCUUUGAUGCCUCCUCCUCUAGAGGGAAAUGAGGGGGAGCAGAGCGUCUCUUUGGGCUGAGGUGGUGGACAGCAGGAUGCACCCAGCCUGGUGGCUGUCACACAAAGGCUGGGCUCCCCUGGAACCAUCAGAUGUACAACAGUGUCCAUGUUUCAACAUCUUCCAAGUUUCAA